AUUUCCCAUUUCACGAACUUUCCUCAAAAUUUUCUCUGUUUAUCUCGCCACCUUCCUUUAGUUUGGCAUCGACAUCUUUAACCCAGCGUGAGAAUUGACUGACUAUGUCAUUUUGCAGCUGGUUUGGCGGUGAAAAAUACCGUGAUCACUACGAAAAUGGUAUCUAUGCAUGUGUACAGUGUAAAUACCCCCUCUUCUCAAGCCGAGUCAAGUUUGAUCAUUCUUCUCCCUGGCCAGCUUUCACAGAGACCAUCCAUCCAGACAGUGUUGCAAAACGGCUAGAAACACCAACUGCUUAUAAAGUGUCCUGUGGUAAAUGUGGAAAUGGUCUUGGCCAUGAGUUCCUUGGUGAUGGACCCAAUGAGGGUCAGUCAAGAUUUUGAAUAUUCAGUGACUCUCUGAUAUUUGUACCGAAAGAGAAGUUAGAUAAUGAUAAGUCUUAAUAUAUUCUCGAUGCUGCAGAACUCCCAACCAAUCCACGCUCAACCUGGAAGUCCUGAAACUCAACUGCACAUGUGAUACAGUAACGUUUGUGAUCAUCAAUAUGUCUUCUGAUUUGGAAAUCCAUCCUCUCUCAUAUAACUGUCUAGUCUAAAUUUGAAGAGUUUCAUUCCACAAUGCGAUAUGCACGAUAUGCAGCAUAUUGCAGCUAACCAUACCAUUGCAUUACCCAUAUGAUGACUGAUAUGUCCUCCAAAUUAUAGGACAUUCGGGCCAAAAGUAAAUCUUUCCUGGUAAAAACAUUCCUGUGCAAACUUUGAAGCCAUUUUUCUCGAAAUGGCAAAAAUGGAUUUCGCAAUGAAACUCUUCAUUUGCUGUCGUAUGCUUGGCUCCAGUUCAUGUUUCUGUUAUGAUGUCAUACAUAGGAGCACUGUGGCCGAGGACAGGGAUGCAUUAGGCUGCGUUUAUGUACGUUUCACCUUCACAUGAAAAGUGACAUCAUGAAUCUUAUGUCGCCUGCUGUUUUGAAGUGACUUGUUCCUUCCCAAGUUGACAUGUUAUGAGUGACAACUUGAACUCUUUGUGAACCUCCUUGCUCUUAAUUGAAGGCACUUGGUGUUGUAUUAUCAGUCAUGGUUAACAGGGUUAAGGCACCUUUAUGCUAAACACGAAUUCCACUUUUGAUAUACGUCUUUUCUUUUCAAGCAAAGUAUCAAUAAGCUGUGAUUAUCUUGUAUUAUGUCUCGAACUGGGCCUUCAUUUACACACCAACCAUUUGAAUUUUGAUUGAUGCCAAAGUUUUUUUUAACUUCCAAUCCAUCAUAUACAUCUCUAGAUUUCCUCAUAAACAUUUGAAAAAAGCAGGAUCUUUAUAGGUCUCGAUCUCUAUUCAAUGUAUUUAGAUUUUUAAAGUGAUGUCUAAAAUCGUCAAUAUACGGUUAUGAUUGUAUGCUAAUUGGCAGUAUCUGGUAACGUAUGGGUUAUUUUGACACUGAGUGAGAAGUGCAUGUAGUAGUGAUAAUUGGCAAUUAGUCUACAUGCACUAUGAUUUUUCAAUGUGUCUACAUGCAUAAUUGAUCUCAAAACAGUGCUACGCCUUUGAAAAGUCACGUGUUAUACUUCAUCACUUGCACUUUGAGCAUCUCACCAUGUUAGUAUUAGCAAAUGCAUUGAUAUAUCACCUACAUGUAUAUGUUUGUUACCGUAACUUAGACAUUGAGAGUUAUUUCUGAUGUCGGCACCUUUUGUGUGCAGAAAUUAACUGUAGGAAUAUCCCAGAAUAGUAUCAUUUCAAUGUAUUGGCUUGAAGACUUUUAUGUUGAGUAUUACUGGAUUAUUUGCCAGGGGUCAUACUUUUAACUGUAAUAUGGGCAACAGCUUACCUAAGGAAAUUAUGAUUGAAAAAUAGACAGUUUUAGACAUAUUCAAGUGAUCUCAAUGCAUUGGGCAUUAUGUAAAUGUAGUAAUCUAGCGUUAAAGUAUGAAAUGGGACAAGUUUUGCGGGUUUAGUUACGGCUCCUGGCAUAUAUCAGUAUCACUGUUUUCACUGUGUUCAUCUUGUUCUGCAGCAUUAAGUGUUCCUCUGACUGAGUUCAGGACUCGAGUCAUCCCGGUUGUGUCUGAAUGAAGCUUCUUGGCCAGAGCCCACUUGGGAAAGCCUUGGAGUGGAGGUAGUGACAGGUCGAGGUGGCCCGAGUCAGAACACAGUCCUAGGGACAGAAGUUCGUUGUAUUUAUUGUAAACCUUCUGAAAGUGGGGUAAGUUCCUCUCCGCUGUUGAUUUUUACACUAUUGAAAGAGUUCCGUACCAAUAAGGAGCUUUGACUAGUUCUUUGGGAAGUUUUAUUCAGAUAUUGUGUCCUCACUGUAGAGAGAUAAUUUGGUAAUUCAGGCAAUUUUUUAUUCCCUUCAUGAUUCCGUUAUUUGAGCCUAAUCUGUAUAGAAUGCUUUUAAUCCAAAUGUAACCUCCUAUGAUUUACAAUUUCAACAAAAUCUCAUCUUUUCUUCUACCUACAUUGUAAUGGUAUGGUAUGUUAUCUUGACAUUAUUUCUUUUACUGAUGUAUAAUGAUUGUGCAUGUACAACAAAUCUGUUGUUUGAUUCGACCUAAUGGUAUGGUAUGUUAUCUUGACAAUAAUAUAUCUUUCACCAAUGUAAGUGUAUGAUGUUUGGGCAUGUGAAUUGCUUUUUGCCAGGGGAUAGUGGGAUUCUACAACUGGCACACUGUUUUGUUGAUGUAUUCAGAUUUCAUCAAGCAGGACUUGCCAUGUCGGGGGGAGGGGGGCGGGGGUAUCAAUGUACAUAAUCUUGUGUGUGUGCAAAUAGAGCUACAGACAAUACAAUGUCUGUCUUGAGCUUUGAUAUAGAAAUCGCAAAUGAAUUUGACAGUAGGCCUACUGAUGAUUCAAGGUGAUAUCAUUAUUUCGUGUUGAAACUGUUGAUUGUAGUUAGAUUUUGAAGUUUAGUGUAGGUCAUGUUUUAAAGGUUGGCCUUGAUAGAUCCUAUUCACUUGCCAUUAGGACUUUUGCUGAAAAAAGGAGUCAACCCUCAUUGCUCUUAGGAAUGGAUGAUAGUACUAUAGGCUGUUUCGGUCUCGUGGCACCUGAUGCCCCACAAAGCUAUUGUGCUUACAUUCACAUAACAGUCUGUGUAUUUUCAAGGGUUACUUCUCUUUCCAGAAACUGUUUAUACAUGUAAGACUUAGCCUAAUCUAUGCAAGAUGCUUCCCUUUUUGAACGGAAGUGUUUGACUGGUUUCCCUUCUUUGCUUAACAAAGAAUAACUUAAUUUCCCUUAAUGUACAGAAGAAUAUAAGGAGAUUGCAGUAAAGACUUGUUGAUGGCCAAAGGUAGAACCUCUGGCCUGGUUCGUCUGGAACUGAACUAUACACCACCAAUGACCUCCUGUGUAAUAUCAUCUUUUUAAUGAUCUCCUGAUUUCUCCAAGAUGAUCUCUUUCUUCACCCAUGACAGUUGUUUACAAUGAGUUUAAUACUAUAUCGUUACCAAUGAUACCCAACUUUCAUAUGUGUGGUAAACCUAGUGAUGUGACUCUGGAGCAAGUAAAGAAAAAUGUUACGAGAACGGGUAAAUUCAGAUUGGUACAUUGGAUACUUGUAUGUGGAGUUGUGAAUUGCUUGGCUGUUCUCGUUCUGUUUAACACUGACCAUGCUCUUAAACCGUUCUGAAUAAUAUUGUUCGGAUUGUUUGCAAAGAAAGGUAAGCAAACUUGUUUCAAAAAGUUUAAACCACUUGUAUCUGAAACUCUAGGGACUCCGCUCAGCUCAAACUCCAUUUAUUGUUUCUUAGUCAUGUUAAUGACCAUUUUGGACUUUGAAGUGCAAUCUACUGGUCGGAUUUCUUUGAAGUUUGGUCUUUUUUUAUCAGCAGUACCAACCGGCCUAUCUCAUUUUAGUAAUAAGGGUAAUGAACUAUAACAAGGAAUUGUCAAGGAAAUCCAGAAAUGUCUUCAGCAUCAUUGUAAUCAUUCAGAUACUUUUGUAUCUUGUACAAAGCACCAGUUAAAUUAUUCCUGCAUGUAAAGAAUGUUAUUGAAGCAUGAAUAAAAAUAAAAAAAGAAUAACCUGGGCGGUUUUCAA